AAAUGCUCAAUAAAAUUAUCAUCCAAAAGUAAUCACUUCCCAUGUCGUAUAGUCUCCAGUUGUUUCAAUCCGUCCAUUUUGGGGGAAUUUACAGUUUGAGAUUGCGGAGACUUGACACUAUUGGCAGUGGAGUUCAUUUGACAUCGUUAAGUGAAGAAAACAAUGAUCUGGGUGGUGACCAAGGUGAGGUUUUAGGCUUGGAUUUGGAGUCUCUGAAGAUUUUGCUGAAGCUGGGAGUCUUUAUUGGGGCAAUGCUUUGUUGUCUUUUGGUUUUCGCAUGCAAGAGAGUGCUCGCGGUGGAGGGACUGGUGAAUGCAAAGUACGGAGUGAUUGAGCAGUGGGCAUUGUUGUUGAGGAAUGCGUGGCCUAAGACUAAUAAAGUAUCUUCAGAACCUCGUGGACUUUUCUAUUUAUAUGCUCCGUCAGCAUCUGUGUGUCUACUAAUCCAGAUAAGAGGCAUGGAGAGGGUCAUUUGUGAAGUAUUUGAAAAAUCUUAUCGUGUUAACAAUUUAAGUGGGAAGAUUCCAAACUAUCUCCAAAUGUUGAUGAGCAAAAGUCUUUCCGUGUUGAGUUUGCAUGCCAAUAACUUUGAUGGAGAUAUACCAUUUAGCUUUCCAGAGGGUUAUGGAUUGCAAAGUUUCAACUUGUAUGGAAAUAAAUUGGAAGGCUUGUUGCCAAGAUCUUUGAUGAAUUGUAGCUUGCUAGAGGUUCUAAACUUUGGGGACAACAAGAUAGCAAAUCUAAGAGUGCUGGUUUUAAGGUCAAAUGGAUUCCAUGGUUUUGUAGUUAGCACCAAAGAAUGUCCAUCUUUUCCCAAGUUACGAAUCUUGGACCUCUUCAACAAUUACUUUUUUGGUCCUUUUCCUGUUCGAUACAUAGAAAAUUUCAAAGCAAUAGUGGAUCAUCAUAGAGAUGACAAUUUUUCUCAAUACAUGAUGACCCACGGCACUCACAUGGCUUCUACCACUAAAGAGGUCAUUUGGCUUCGCAACUUAUUACACAGUUUUGGUAUUCGCCAAUCUCGCUCCACACCUCUUUACUGUGAUCAUCAGGCAGCUCACCACAUUGUUGCCAAUCCUGUCUUUCCUGAAAGGACAAAACAUUUGGAAAUUGAUUGUCAUUUGGUGCGUGAGAAAUUUCAAGCUGGUAUUGUUUCUGCACAUUACCAAUCUCUUCCUCUCAUCAACUAGCUGAUAUUUUCACAAAGGCAUUGAGCAAGGACAGUUUUUAUUUGAUGCAGGACAAGGUGGGCAUUCAUGACCUUCAUGCACCAGCUUGAGGGGGAGAGUAAACAGUAUCUGGUAUAAAGUAUCUGGUAUAAAGUAUCUGGUAUAAACAGUUUCUGGUAGAAAUCUCUUGGAAUCAAGAGCAUAUUUGUGUACAGUUAUAACUCUCCUAGACUUUAGGCACAAGGUUAGUUAAGUUACGAUUCUGAUAUAGUUCUUUUGUGUAUAUAUGUAUGUACAGUGACAUACAUUAUGAAUAGAGAAUAUACAUUAAUUUAGCAA